AUGUUUGAACCUUACCGUGCUCAACACCUUCUAAUUUCCUCAAAUAUUCCUACCUUCUUGAACCUCCUCACCCAAAUUGCCAUAAAAAACAAACGACUGUUCAUCCUGGCGCCAAUCACUCUACCCAGGGCUGUCGCCUUCGAGACAGCGCAAGAGGAGCCGGCAGAGAUACCACCCGUGGUAAUCCCAGAAAUCCCACUUGGUUUUCGCCAGAGCCCCGUGCCCAAAUUUGAAAUGGUAGUUCCACUUCUUCUCUUCAACGAUGCAGACACUCUGCUCUAUAUCGACCCCUCACCUGAAGACGGACCCAGGGCCCUUGCCUCGACACAAACAAUUCCUCUUCGCGUCCACAGCUCUUCGUUAUUGACAGUAGGCUCUGCAUACUUUGCUAAGCUCUUCACACCACGAUACCAGAAGCGAGCUCGGAGGCAGCGAGGCUUCAUCGACAAGCUACCUGAUGGUAUCAAAUAUCUGGUGGACUUGACGCCGGCGAUAUUUGAGGAGGAUGCUAUCAUUACUCUGACAGAGGUAUCCUGCCCCAUGGCUAUCCGAAAAUGGGCCUCAUUAGAGAGCAAAUGGAGCCUUCCACAUGCCUGUGUCGGAGGAGAGGAUGAAUAUCAAAUGUGGGAGCGUCCAGAUCCAACAGCAAUCUUUGAGCCAGUAACGGUCAAUGGCAACGAAGAGAAAGGAGAAGAUGGACCUUUGAGUGAGGGAGAAGACGAAACAAACUCUCGGUUCCUUUCACAACGACAUCCAAAUAACGAGCACCCUGUGUCUAGUACCAUAGUCCGGAAAGGACUGCCUGUGGAGUAUUCCGGAGCCCGCCACCGUGAAGGAAUUGAGCAUGUGCUACACGUCCUCGAGGGGUUGAGAGUAACCCUCGAUACGCCUUGCAAGCUUUGGACAUACUUCGCCGUUGCCAAGAUUUUUGAUGUGGCCACCCUCCCGACUAUCAGCGAAUACAUCACGUCUUGGUUUUACGACACAACAAACACACGAAUAAUUGAAAUUCAUCCUGAGAUAGCCUAUCGGGUCGGCUGUGGUAUUAAAUCCAGUGCCCUUUGCCGCCAUGCAUUUGUGGGAUUGGUCAGUGAUGAAGCACUUCUUUACCUCAUAAGGACCGCAAAAAUCACGCCAAUGAAGAGAUGGCAAUUGUCAUUUACAAAGUCUCAGGUCAAAGAUAAUCUCGAUGACAAUGAGGUACAGCGGAUCGAGUACGCUAGCAAGGCCUUCAUGGACACAAUGAUCAAACACUUUCUUCAUUUGGCGGGAGAGGAAAUGUCUUGGAUUGAAGAUAUCCCAGAAUGUGCAAAGUUGAAAGAACAUGCCCGUGAUUUCCCUGAAGAUAAUGACUGGGCCCUUUCCAUAAUCGAGACUCUGAAAGACAGCGCUAGAUUUGCAAUUUAUCAACAUCUGUUUUUAGCUGCAGAUCCCAUGCGUUCUUGUGAUGCAGAGCCAGACCUUCCUAGCGACAUGCCGACAAGUACCAGACGAUUCCGAAGCAGUAACCGUGCAUUUGAUUCACUGGAUUGUCUGGUCAGAUUGAUGGGGAGGAGUUUCUGGACCGACCUUAUGGAUAAUCGGCUUGCUCUUAUAAUGGACUACCUGGAAGCAAUAAUAAUCAAGCACGACUCCAUCGCCGAGAUUGGGUGUGGCCUGCUUGCAUUUCAAGGACAGGAAAAUGCGAGAAUUCGUUACAUACCCAAAGAGACUCUGGAGGAGAAAAUCAAAUUGUUCAAUCAAGCGAUCGAGGUGAAAGACCAUCUGAAGAGACAGAUGCAGGCGCAGGCCGAAAGUACGAAUAAGCGGUGGAAUCUUACUAUCAACCUGCGCCGCAGGAUUCCACAGGAUCGCGAGCCGGUUGCUUCAUCUUCGAACAAUGCUUCUUCUACUGCUACGGAUGUCAACUCAUUCUCCUUUUGGAGAACGACAUUAACAGAAAGACCAGCAGGACAGGUACAGCAUUUUAUUCCGCAGCAACCAUCCCAGAGUCGUCGGAUCACCCUCGACGUCCCACACUCUGAUCCGGAAGAGUCUAGUUCCGUAUCUGUACGAGGGCCAGCAUCCACUCUCGAUGUCCCACAUGAUGACUCGGGCAGCUCGACGUGUCCGUGGAAAGAAUUUGAUCUAAAAAGAUUCACUCUAUCAGCCAAUGCAUACGUCGCCGAGUACUGCCGCGCGCUUCUGAAUCCUAUGGAUCAAACUCUCUUCCAAGAACGAAUUGGGGACGUCAUGACCUGCCUUACCGACAACGAAUACCAGUAUCUACCUCUAUGGGCUGGAGGUAAUGACGACGGAACAGGCGGCGUGUUCACAGACCAUGACAUUCCCAUCAUGGUAUCUGGAGGCUUUUCCGCCCCAGGCCCUCAAGUUCAUACGGGCAGUGUUGCAUCCACCGAUGAAUCCUUCAGCGAUAUUCACUCGAGCGAUUUGCAAAGUACCGUCCAGGGUGCCUCUCACUACGCGACGAACUCCCAUACUUCGGAUGUCGUGUCGGUGGACUCAUAUGAUGAGGUUGAACAUCCAGGUUCCGUUGCGAGCCUUGAACAACGACCAGAGACAAUGCUAGUAAAUCGUGACUACGGAUACUCCGUACCAUCCGUCAAGUCGGAUAAUGAAGAUUGGAAUACCUACAGCGCUGGGGGCAGUACAAUCGUUAUGGGCUCGCCUGAGCUUUCUGGCCUUUCUGAUGACGAUAUGGAUAUUACGGGAAAUGAUGAAGAUGAUUGCGACAUGAUGGAUGACCUUACUUGA